AUUAGCAAGCAGCCGGACUCCAUAUACCACAGAAUGCCUGGCUAUGAGGGGAUGCUAGCAGUGCGUGAAGGACCAGGUGGACUCUGUCACCCUCCUGUGUUGUCAGACCAGUAUCCCCAGCCUGAAACUGAACCAUCAUAUUCAAACUGGGAUUUCCCAACCCCCAGUAAGGAAGAUGCUCGGCGAGCCCUCAUCAAGUAUGUGUCAGAGCAAAGCUACGACAGCACCAAACCAGCAGAGCAGUGUGUGAUCACCAACAUGGAGGCAUUUGAUAUAUACAAAUAUAGCCUGGAGACAUACAUGGAGAAACGAACUACAGUGUGGAGUCGUGUGCCGUACAUUGGUCAGAAGAUAGACAUGAGUGAACAAACCCCACCCUUACCAUGGGAGAUUCCAGCUAAUGCCCCUACGCUUUUUCAAAAUGUAGAGCAAGCCAUUCAGGUGCCACACACAACAUCUGUGCAGGUACGGGUCCCAUCUCACAGUGAUCAUUCUGAACAUUCAGAGGGGAAAACUUUACACAACCUAUUCAGUACAAUAG